GUCGCUGUGUGUCUGGAGAAAGGGAACUGCAUCAUGGCUUCAUCAACUCUCAAAUGGCUCGAGGAGGAGUGUGAAAUCCCACAGAGUGGCACUCGGGCUAUAUUUCCCUCCCUUCGUUUCCAGAACUUGGGAAUCAAGCUGUCAUUGAUCGUGAGUAAGAGGGACACGUACCACCCGUUCCUGCUCAACUUCAGCUGGAACCGUCUGCUGGAGAACAUACAGACCUUCCUGGAUCGCUUCCUGGAGAAACACCCGUCGGACUUCCUGCUCCAGGCAGCCACUAAGGUGGUCAAGGCAGGCCAGGAGACGGGGGAGGAUUCUGAGACUCGGGAGGCGUCAUAUACGACCAGCCAAUCUUCUGAACACUCCAAAGUGAAUCAGGAGACCAGUGUUCUUAUGAGGUGAGUGUUCGUAGUAAGUUACUUUGAAUGAAUGAGGUUAAGGGCGCUGUACUGCAGCGCCAGCUCGCUACCAGAGACCCU